ACAGGGAGGACCGGAGCGUGAAGGACAUAAAUAAAAGGAUGUAACCUGCCCUGACUCUGUGUCAGGAGGAAAAGAAGGGAGUGCAUCCAGGUUGGCAGAGGGCGGAAGAGUGAGAGGAAGGGGGAGAAAAAGAAAGAGGAGUAUUUCCAAGAGCGCUUCAGUGGACUGUCAGUGCUGUCACAGGAGAGGAGGAAGAGGAGGAGGAGGUGAUGUGAGCGAUCGUGGGGGUUUGCAACGCACCAGAGACACGAGUGGUUUAAUCCUAAAGUGUGUGUGUAAAGGGAACUCCCCCCACACCCCCCUCAUCAUCAAACAGCAUCCACCCACAACCAACCUGAGGUUUCACAAGCCAUGCUGAGGACCAGGAGCAAGUCCUGCUGAACACCAUGGCCCAGGCUAAAGGACGGAGAGAUGGCAUGGUGUCGUCCAAUGAGAACAGGCGCCGGCCGCUGUCGUCGGGUGAGGUGGAGGGCGUGUCGUGGCAUGGCCCCCGGACCAUUUAUGUCCCGAAGAACUCGCAGGGAUUUGGCUUCACGCUGCGCCACUUCAUCGUCUACCCCCCCGAGUCCUCCAUCCACAGUCUCAAGGAUGAAGAGAAUGGAAAUGCAAAUGGAAAAGGAUGUCCGCGGUCUCGUUUGGAGCCGAUGGACACCAUCUUUGUAAAGAGUGUGAAAGACAAUGGGCCUGCUCAACAAGCUGGACUCUGUACAGGGGACAGGCUGGUGAAGGUGAAUGGGCAGAGCAUUCUGGGUAAAACCUACUCUCAGGUGAUCACACUCAUCCAAAACAGUGAAAACAUUCUGGAACUCUCCAUCAUGCCCAAAGAUGAGGACGUGUUGCAGUUGGUAAGUGCGUACUCGCAGGACACCUACCUGAAAGACAACGAGCCGUAUGUGGGUGAGGCUCAGAACCUCCCUGUGCCCCCCCCCCUCUGUUACCCUGCCUCUAAGCCCGGCCCCCCGUCCCCCCAGCCCGGCCUCAGCCUGCACAGUCCCCUGGACAACUGGCAGUGUUGCCCCGGCGCCUCUCCACUGGACAACCGCCCCCCCGCUGCACCUACCCCCACCUCCGGCUGGCCCGGGGUUCCUGACGAUGCCAGCGGCCACAUCCCGCCUCCCGCGCGGCCCCGAGGCCGUUCCUCUUCGGCCCUCAGUGCACUGGACUUUCACUUUGCUAACCACAACGCUGCCAUCGCCUCCGCCACCCUGCCCCCCCCACGGAAAAGCAGCCUGCCGGCCCCCGCCCGCUCCCACGCAGACUCUCUGUGCCACCAGGCUCUGUCGGACUGGUACUACAGCCAGGCUGAGGCGGCGGAGAACAUCCCCCCCCGCCACCGCAGCAUCUCUCAGGACUGUUUAGCGGAGCUGGGGCUGGCCCUCGGCCCGGGACCCUCACCGGGCUCCGUCCCCUCUGCAGAGCAGCGCAGGAGAGAGGCCCUCCUGAGCCACCAGCAGGCAGCCGCUGCCUCCCAUGACUCCUACUGGCUGGGGGGCUUGGGGGGGUUGUCGGGCCCCGGCAGCCGGUCCUGCUCAGAGGGCCUGCUGGCAGCGUAUGCAGAGUACGAGCACAACUACGGCCGCUCCGUGGAGACCCUGGCCCAGGCCUCCGCUCUGGUGUCAGCACGCCAUGAACCCCCCCCACAUGGCCCCCAGACUGCUAACUACAGAGAGCAGAAAAUGUCAGCGGGGCAUCAGCACCAAACCACAGCGUCCUCCCCCAUCACUGCCUCCUCCACAGUGCCUCCCAGCGGCAGGCGGGGGGGGCAGGUAGCUGAGCCCCAGACCCGGCGCGUUAAAGAGGAGGAGCUGGUGGGCUACAGGAGCUACAGCCCCUCCUUCUCCCGCAAAGCCGGACACCCCCUCCAGCAGGCCCACUCCUUCAGAGAGCCCAGCUGCAGCGGCCCCCACCUCACCUGGAGCCCUGCAGACUGUGAGGGGGCUCUGGUCCCCAGGCCCCAGUCCACCCCCGCCCUGUCUGCAUCAGACGAGGAGAGAGACGGCCUGGGGGAGGACCGGGAGCUCCUCUCCCCCGUCUCUCUGAACCAGGAGGUGGUGCUGAGGCAGAAGCCCCCCUCUGGCCGCAGAACUCCUGUUCAGGCCGCCCGACAUCCCCACUACCCCCCCCAAGCAGAGCCACCAGAGCCCAUUGGUCUGGAACCUUCACGAGGGACCCCCUCUCCUGUCUCUGGGGGGCCGACCCCCACCCGCAGGGCUAACGGUAGACUGGCACAGCAUGCAUACAACUCCCUGUCCUCCAUCCCAUUCAUAGAUGAUCCCAGCAGCCCCGGCUCUGACCUGCAGGCCUGCUAUGUUCCUGCCUGCUCUGUUGUGUCCAGUUCCACUGUGGCCACCCUGUCUGUCUCCCCCACCCUCUCCUCCAUCUCCCCCUUUGUCACACUUUGUUCUCAGAACCUCAGGAGUAUUAAAAGUCGCCGCUCCUCCUACCUGCUGGCCAUCACCACAGAGAGAUCCAAGUCCUGUGACGAAGGUCUCAACACCUUCAGGGAGGAAGGCCGUGUCUUCUCCAAACUACCAAAAAGGGUCAAGAGCUUUUUCACUGAUGGGUCUCUGGAGAGCCUGCGAGCUCAGGAGGACGCCCGCUCCAAACGCCACUCCACCUCCGAGCUGGGAACCAUCACCUUCAGCGACAUACGCAGGGAGGGCUGGCUGCACUGCAAACAGAUCCUCACCGAGAAGGGGAAGAAAGUAGGAGGUGGCAUGCGACCAUGGAAACGCGUCUUCUCCGUGCUGCGCUCCCAUUCGCUCUUCCUCUACAAGGACAAGCGAGAGGCCGUCCUGCACGGGGCGGGGCCCGGCCAGGACGAACAUCCUCCAAUCAGCAUCCGCGGCUGCCUGAUCGACAUCGCCUACAGUGAGACCAAGAGGAAGCACACCCUGAGGCUCACCACGCAGGACUUCUGCGAGUACCUGCUGCAGGCCGAGGACCGGGACGACAUGCUGGCCUGGAUCAGGGUCAUCAGGGAGAACAGCAAGACCGGCAACGAGGAGAUCGGUUUCUCAGGACAAGCUCUCAUCAACAAGAAGCUGAACGACUACAGGAAACACAGUCUGACAGGCAGUAAGCCUGACUCCUCUCCCAGAGCACAUCGCAUGAUACCUCCCUUCCUGCUUGCUAAGACUGACAACGCCUCAGUGAACCGGGCGAGAACUGAUGACAACAAGGCACUGUGGGGCAUCAACAUCAUGAAGAAGGCGAAGAAGACGGGCAGUCCGAAGGCUUUUGGUGUGAGACUGGAGGACUGUCAGCCUGCUGUCAACCACAAAUUCGUCCCUCUGAUAGUGGAGAUGUGCUGUGGGGUGGUGGAGGAGACGGGUUUGGAAUACACCGGGAUCUACCGCGUGCCGGGGAACAAUGCCAUGGUGUCCAACCUGCAGGAGCAUCUGGACAAGGGCCUGGACAUCAACACAGCUGAGGAGAGAUGGCAGGACCUGAACGUAAUCAGCAGCUUGCUCAAAUCCUUUUUCCGGAAACUGCCUGAGCCUCUCUUCACUGAUGACAAAUAUAAUGACUUCAUCGAUGCCAACCGUAUAGAAGAUGCAGAGGACAGACUGAAGACCAUGAAGAAACUGCUCCAUGACCUCCCCGAUUACUAUUACCACACCCUGAAGUUCCUGGUGGGUCACCUGAAGAAGGUUGCAGAUAAUGCUGACAAGAACAAGAUGGAGCCCAGGAACCUGGCCCUGGUGUUCGGUCCCACUCUGGUUAGGACGUCAGAGGACAACAUGACGGACAUGGUCAUCCACAUGCCUGACCGCUAUAAAAUAAUAGAGACACUCAUCCUGCACCAUGACUGGUUCUUCACUGACGGAGAGCUCGAUAACGAAGAGAAGGACAAGCGGAACAUGCAACCUGUUCCCAACAUCGACCAUCUGCUGUCCAACAUCGGCAGGCCGGGCAUGCCGGGGGAGGCCUCAGAUUCCACCACCAGCAAUUUUCUUAAAUCCAAGUUUUCAUCACUCUCCAAAAAGGACCUGAAUGCCAGGGACUUCCUACCCAAGUCCAUAAUCUCUGCUGUGACCCGCAAACGUAAGAAAAGCCUGAGCACCCACCUCCAGGACGACAGCGCCGACGAGGACUCCGAGCACGAGCCCGUCAAAACCAGCAACUACGGGGGAGGACAGGAGGAGGGGGGGGAGGAGGAAGUGGAGAGAAGGAAGGAAGAGGCGGCCAUGGGAGAACAUACCUUCCCUAAAAAGGAAAAAAGGGUUGAAGAGGAAACGGCGGUGAAAGCUAGAGAGACCUCUGAGGGAAACCAUUCUGUGGCUGUAGAAGGGUCUGAACAGGAAGUAGGGAGUGGAAGCAGGAAAAGCGGCAAAACAUUUGAAAAGGAGAGUAGGCGUAGAACCACCCCGCCUCGAAAUGUGCCGCAGCUUCGUCCAAACAGUUUCCACUGCCAACACUACCAGACCACCUACCCAAGACCCUCAGCAGAGUCUUCUUCUUCCAAUGUGAGGCCUCACAACCGGGCCAGAGGACUUCCCAUUGUCCCUUUCUGGAUCCGCCCCACCCGGCUUCCCAGCCUCUACCAGUCUUCAAGCUUUUAUGGGACCCAGCAGCCCGACUGGAACCAGUCCGCUCCGGUCCACUACAGAAAGACGAGAGGGGAGAGGACCAGAGCUGUGUCCAUGAAUUUGGACCUGGAGCUGGGCAGGGGGGAGGACAGGGUGAGAGGGUGGAGAGCAGAGAGGGUGGAGGUGAUCCGGGUCAUUGAGGGACCACCGGGUCAGGUUGCACGUGUUGGGGUUCCUCAGGGAUUAAUUGUAGGUCCUGGGUCAAUUCAGGAAAUAGAUCCUCCCCCUCACUCUUCCUCCCCCUCACCUGCUGCUCACCCUGUGGUCCUGAGGAGGUCGGGUUUGGCCCCCCGGGACAAGACGAGAGCGUGGCGGCGUCACACGGUGGUCGUUUAACCGUCUCAUCCACUAAUGGAUGCACCCCCCCCUUUACUCACAACACUGGAGCGCCUGUCACUGCCUCCACACACAGCAUGUUGCUUUAGGGGUCUCUGAUAUUAUGAGCAGCUGUAGAGUUUCAUUCCAAAAUGAUAUCACCGUCAUUUAAAACAUGUGAAACCCAUAGGAUUCACUAUUCAACUCAAAUCGAAGCUAUGCAUCUUUAACCCUUUACUUACAAAAUAACUGUAGAUUUUAUUAUCGUAUAUUGUUAUACAUUUCAAAAGAACAUUAGGGCUGAAAAAGGUAAGCUGAUCUAGGAAAACUACACAUCAAAAAAAUCUGAUCACAGUUCUCAGGGAAAAAGUCUGUGUGGUGGGAUCCACACCACUGUCGUAGAUAGUUGCGUUACAUUACAUUAGAUGUCAUUUAGCUGACACUACAACACACCAGACAUGCCACAGAGCAAUUGAAGGUUAAGCAUCUUGCCCAAUGUCCGCCUAUACUGGUGAGGGUUAUAUAUAAUACUGUAUCUGACAAGCUAACAUGCUAACAAAAAACAGCCAUGCUACCUUUUGUCAGUCACAAUAGAUAUCUUAGCUAGGUAACUUGCUAAUUUUCAGUUAGCUUGGUCGCUAACAGAACAAUAAGUUCACACAGUUGUUGAGAAGAGGUUGACUUAAAGUUGAAAAUGCGCCAGCUGAUAAUCUGCAGUAGCUUCUGCUCCUCAGCUGACUCAUCCUUAUGACCAUCGCCUGAAGAGUCACCAGUGAGUAUUCAAGGAUUUAACAAGUGACUCCACAACAAUUCCAUUGACAUGGCCAAAUAUUGCUGUUUUAAAUGCUGGUCCGACAGGGGCUUUACAACAAUAUAACUAGAUACACUUGUUUCCUAAACUGGUUUAAUUGAAUGAUUCUUGGGAAAAUGUGGCAAAAUAUCUCUUUAGAUGAAGUGAACGGAGUGAUGAGAGAUAUACAUAUCAAAAAGAAUAAUGCAGAAUAAUGCAGAGCAGAUGUAUCUGUCUUUUCAAAUGUAUGGCUAGAUAUAUUCCAGGGAAGUAAAACAUCUAAAAUUACAACAACAAAAAACAUACAUUGAACAUACACUGGUCACACAGUGAUUAAAGCAUCUCUCAAGAGAUUCUGAUUGGAACAAUCUCAAUCAUUUACAGUGCUGUUCCUAAUACAACCACUAGCUGGUGCCAAAGUAAGGAGUCCUAAAUCCUACACAUAGUGGCAUUAUUAUAUAUUUCUUAAACAUUUUUUUGGAAUGAAACCCUUAAGUUGUAAAUGUAAAAGAGGUUUGAAAUGAGAAAAAGCCAUAUGAGAUGAUUGAAAUUAAUCUCCUGGUGCCUCACCAGAAGACACUCGGCCACAGGUCUUAUGCAAAGUGCUGUACAUGCUGCUGUCUUCCUAUGAUGUCUUUGACAAUACCCACAUGGGCCAAAAUAACCUAUUCAACCAACCUGCCGCCCUGAGUGCAGCUCAGUGACUCAGAGGAAGCUUCAGUUUACUGCUCGGCCCUUUAAAGCUCUUCCAAAGCCUCCUGAGGUCCUGCAGGGACCCCCAGUCACCCCCCUGGAUGAUGGGACUUGGGCAUUAUGCCAAAACUUCCAUGGACUAAAACAUAUGUGCAUGAUAUUUCAGUGAGUGAAAGCCUGUCCUGCUGCCGUGUGUGUGUGCGUGUGCGUGCGUGUGUGUGUGUGUGUGUGUGGGUGUGUGUGGUCCAGAGGAAACUAACAGGAGCGUUUAAGGCAGCUAUGCAACGUCAUGCCAAAAUGAUUUAUCUUUUUUCUGUUUGUACAAUAUCAGCAGAAAUGGAGCCAAGAAGUGACCUGUGCCACAGUGAGGCUGAUUAUACAUUAUAUCAGUGUUACUGUCGCCGUGGCAGCAGUUGAAUAAGCUCCUUAAAUCCAAACACCACAGUCUUACCUGAGUGAUACUUCUUCCUUUCCACGUUUUCACUAUCUUUGCUCCCCAUUAACUGUGUGUCUUAAUCAUAUCUACAGUCUGUCCUCUGUGCCCCUGUGCAUGGACUUUAUGUACGUGGGUGACUGUGCGUGGACCAAUUUUGUAACAGUUGUACAAAGCCUUGUUAAGUUAACCUGUGUAUAUAAUUAUUAUGCAUAAUAUAUUAAAUUAUUUGUUUUGGAAAA